CCUCCCCCUCCCCCCCCCCCCCCGCCUCCUGUGCAGCAUGUCGGGCUGGUACCGCCGCGCCUGCCGCCACUUCAGCGACCCCGAGGCCCUCCUGGCGGCGGCAGUAGCAGGACAGGACUACGGCGGCGGCGGAGGAGGCGGUGCUACUGCCGCCUCCCUGGGCGGUGCUGCCACCGGCAUGGCGGCUGCAGCCGCUGCUACAGCCGGCGGCGGUGCAGCUGCUACUGCUGCCGCUGCUACAGCCGGAUGUGGCGGUGGCGGCAGUAGCAGCUGGCUGCUGGCGCCGGGGCAUCUGCAGCUCAACGGGUCGGACUGGGCGCGGGCGUACGCGCGGACCAAGUACCUGUACGAAGCCACGUACGGCGAGCUGUUUGACCCGCCGCACACGCAAUACGUGUCGCUGUGUGUGCCGCACCCCCUGGCCGCGCCCGCCAGCGACCUCGCCCCCCUUCUAGAGCUGUUGGAGCUCAGGAGGCCCAGGCGGCAGGGCCCCUGGCCGGUGCGCAUGCUACUGCCCGACUGGGUGGACGCCGCAGCUGCUACUGCCGCCGCAGCCGCUGCAGCGGCGACAGAGGGUGGAGAUGCUACAGCCAGCGAUGACGACGAGGCGGAAGCGGAGGCGCUGGCUGUAGCAGGUGGCGCCGGUGGAUCCGAUGAGCACGAGGAUUCGGAUCCGGAUUCUGACGAUGGCGAGGGGCGGCGUGCGGGUAUCCGGCUGCAGCGGGGCCGCAACAGCGGCAUUCGCGGCCGCCCCCACCAUCACCACCACCCACAUCACCAGCACCAAAACCACCAUGACCAUGGGCACCACCACCACCAACAGCAACAGCAGCAGCAGCACCAACAGCAUCCCGGAUCCAGCGGCGGCGGUGGUGGCGGCGGCGGCAGCCGUGCAGGCUCCCACUCCUCGCCCCGCCACCCGCACCACCCGCACCUGCGAAUACAGCCCUCCCCCAGCCUGCCCUCGCUGCCCAAUGGCGGCGGUGGCGGCGGCGGUGGCAGUGGCGCAGCCGCCAGCGGCGCUAGUGCCAGCUACAGCCCUCGCUCAGGGCAGCAGCAGCACCCACACCAGCAGCCGCACCAGCACAGCAAGCGAAGGGAUGGGCCUGCCGCCGCUGCUGCUGCCACCAUUAGUAACGCGCUGGCGCUCGGCAGCACCAGCAUGACGGCGGCUGCAGCCGCGGCCGCUGCUACUGCCGCUGCUACAGCCGCUGCUACGGCCAGCGCCGCCGCUACAGCCGCCGCCACUGCCAGCCCGCUGCUACAGCCGCCGGGCUGCGUCAUGCUGCUGAUGGCCUCAACCACCACCAAGGCGGACGCGCUGGAGUCGCCCUACGACCCCCGGGUCGUGCGGCAGCCGCGGGCGGGCGCCCACGCGCUGUUCCUGGCGUGGCGCCUGGCGCGUGGCGUGCACGACCGGGCAGUGCGCACGGGUGUGUUUGAGGAGCAGGGCUGCUGCGGCUGCGCGCCCAACACCUUCACCCUCGCCUGGCCGGACCGCAGGCCCGUCAACUGCCUCAUAAACUUCGUCAAGCUGCGUCAGGGCUGGCUGCAGUUGGAGGGCCUCCCGCACGACAGCUCCCACCCCUACCUCCUGGACGUGACGUCUUUGUGGGACGAUGACACACUCGAGUUCCGGGCCGUACACACCGUCCCGUGGGCCGCUGCCGCCGCCGCCGCGCCGGGCCUUGCAGCUGGCGGCGCCGCCACUCUGUCUCUGCCCGCCUCGCCUGCUGGCACCGGCGGCACCGCCGCGGGGCCGGCGGCGACACCGGAGGAUGGAGGUGUGACUAGGGCUGUUGGCGAUGGCGGCGGUGGUGGCGGCGGCGGCGGCUGGGGAUGGGGCCGGGGAGGGACGCAAGACGACGUCGAGGCAAGGAUCUCCCACGGCGGCGGCGGCGGCGGCGGCGCCCGUAUCAGCGGCGGCGGCGGUCGGAUCAGUGGUGCCGGUGGCGGUGGUGGUCUGGUGGUGGCAGGCGCGGCGCGGCCGGUGCUGCGCGGCCGUACCCAGUCUAGCUAUGGUCAGUCUGGGUCAGGACAGUUGGAGCCGUCGGACCCGUUUGAUACUGCCGGCGGCGGGGGCGGCGGCGGGGGCGGCGGCGGGGGCGGCGGCGGCGGCGGGGGCGGCGGCGGCGGGCUUUGGCGGCGGACGACCGUCAGCGGCGUCGCUAGUGCUGGCGGUGGCGCCGCCGCCACGGCGGUGGGCUCGAGGCUGGGCGGCCACAGCCUCCGGCGGCGGCAGUUGGCGGAUGAUGAGCUGGACGACGUCGAGUGGCGCCGCCAGGCCACAACCAGCGGCGGUGGCGGCGCCGCCGCCGCCGGCACCGCCACUGCCAGGCACUCCAACGCUGGCCACGGUGGCGGCGGUGGCGGCGGCGCCUCCGCCGCCGAUCACGAUGCGUUGGACAGCCCGCCGCUGCGGCCCACGCCCGCCGCCGCCAUUUCACAGGCGGCGUGGCAGCAGGCGUCGCGCGCCGCCGCCGCCGCCGCGCUGGCAAAGGAGCGCAGCAGCCACCAGAGCCGCGGCAGCGUUCCUAGCCGCAAGGUGCUGCUGUCUAUGAUCGCAUUUGCAUCCAACGGCGGCGGCGGCGGCGGCGGCGGCGGCGGCGGCGGCGGGACCGGUGCCAUGACUGUGUCGUACAGCGGCGUGCCAGCUCUGCCAAUGCCGCCGCCAGGGUCAAAACCGGGCGGCGGCGCCGCCGCCGCUGUCGACACCGCAAGCUUCAAGACCAAGCUCAGCGGACUGCGCAUUCUGACUGGAGGAGCCUCCAGUGGAGCGGAGGUGACAGCGGCGGCUGCGGCGGCGGCGGAGGAGCCGGCGGGGUUUGUGCUUCCCGCUGGUGGUGGCGCCGCAUUCGGCGGCACGGCCCGCGGCGUGGCGGAGGGGACGGAGGUGGGCUCCGGGUCCCCAGUGUCCCCGGUGGGGAGCAGGGCGGUGGAGCUAACAAGGGCGACGUCAGCCGCUGCGGCAGCGGCAGUGGCGGCGGCAGCGGCGGCGGCAGCGGCGGCCGGAGACGGCGGCUUCAGCGGCGGCGCUGGCGGCGGCGGCGCCAGCCCUGGCCCGUCGGCGCAAUGGGCGCCGCCGCUGACGUCACCCAUCGGAAGCAUGCGGCGCUCAUCACUCAUGCUGAACGCCUCGAGUGCCGCCGGUGGCGGCGGUGGCGGCGGUGGCGGCGGCGGCGGCGGCAGCAGCGGCGGCGGCUCGCUGGCGCUGAGCCCCCGCGGGACCGGCGGCGGUGGCGGCGCCGCCGCCGUGGCUUUGGGUGCCAUUGCCGCCGCCGCCGCGACGCCUGAAGGCGGGCGCGGGAGUCAUGUCAACGGCAAUGGGCCCUGGUCUGGCGCAAUGCCGGCCUCUGCUCUUUUGGAUACCGACGCAGCCGCCUUCGCCGCCUCGCCCCGCGCGCUGCAGCGGCUGGGGUCCCUUCACGCCGCCGUGCGGCUGGCACGAACACAAUCCGCCGCACGCUUCGCCUCUUCCUCAAUCCAGCAGCCGAGCCCUCCGCCGCCAUACGCAACCGCGACGGCGGCGGCGGCUGGUGGAGCGGAUGGGCCGGGCGGUGGUGGUAGCAAUGUGAUGCGGGUCAGUGGCGGCGGCGGCGGCGGUGGAGCGGGGCCCUCGUCGCCGCAGCGUUUUCAGCAUAUGGCGGCGGAACAGCGGCUGAGAGUGGCAAGCAGUCCGCUGCGCUCCUCCCGAACAGGCGGGCUCGCCGCGCCGGGGUCAGCAGCCGCAGUCGGCACGGCUGCGAUGGCGGCGGCGGCGGCGGCGGCGGCGCAGCUUCCGUCGCCGGCCGGCCUCGCAGCUUCUCCUCCGCCGCCGCCGCCGGCAGUGCGUCGCUCCACGCACAGCGGCCUUUCGUCUCCCGCCGCCUCGAACCUUUCGUCUCCCGCACGCUACCCCGGCUCGACCAGCGGCUUCCACGGCGGCGGCGGCGGCCCCGGGUUUUCGGAACCGGGGGAUCUAUUCGCGGCGGCGGCGGCGGCACUCACCAUGCACCCGGGGAUAGAGCAGCUGCAACUCCUCAGCCCGGGCUCGGGAUCGGGAUCUGGGGGUUCACCAAGGGCCGCGCCCCCCGUGCCACGGUCGGGGGGUCGGGGGCCCAGCGUGGAUGGCGUUGUCGCUGGCGGCGGUGGUGUUGGCGGCGGUGGCGGCGGUGGCGGCGGUGGUGGCGGCGGCGCGCCCGGCGGCGGCGGCGGGAGGUCAAGACUCGCCACCUCUUCCAUGCCGCACCCGGCGUAUGCGGCGGUGACGGCGGCGGCUCCCGCGGCCGGGGCAGAGACCGGCGAGGGAGCGGCGGUCGUCGCGGUGACGGCGGCGGCGGCGGCAGCGGCGGCGGCGGCGGCGCACGCGGCCUCCCGGACGUCUGUGAGCGUGGGCGUGGUGGAGUGUGAGGGGGAGGGGGAGGAGGCGGGUGUAGACGCGGGUACGGCACUGGUGGCGGCGAUUGUACGGCACCCAUACGACGCGCUGCCUGGCUUCACGCCGGGGCGCGGCGUCACCACGCCCGAGCAGGCCGAGGCGUUCCUGCCCGAGGCUUCGGGCUGGCAGGAGGCGCUGCAGGAGCUGUUGUGCCUGCAGGACACGUACGGAGGAGUGUACGGUACGGUGUACGGCCGCGGCUUACGUAACGCGCGGCGGCGCCAGCAGCUGCGCGCCCUGGCAGACGGAACAAUGGAGUCAGCCAUGGCGGCGGCGGCGGAAGCCGCCGGCGCAGCCGCCGCCAUGGCCGCCGCCGACGGCGGCGGCGGCGGCGGCAAGGGCAAGGGCCCCGCGGCCGCGCGUAGCCCGGCGGCAGUCGCGGCGGCGGCGGCGGACGCGGCGGAGGAGGACGCGGCGAGUGUGCCAUGCACAGUGCUGACGUGGGCGCAGGUUCGGGCAUGGGGGCGUGCCGUGUUUUGGUACCCCUGCGGCAAGCCCCUGGCCUCCUGCUGGUCCGCCCUGGAGCCGCACAGCCGCCGUACACUUGCCGUAUGUACCUUUAUCAUCCCUGUUGUACCCAUCUUGGUCAUCCUGAUGGGAGCCGCCGCCGCCGCCGCGCUCGCCGUACUUGCCGUGCCGCUGCUCAUCGCCGGUGCCGUACUCGUAACCGCUGACGUCAUCGAUAACGGCUGCUGGAGCUGCGUACGGCGGCGGCUGUGCUGUCUGGUGUCGUACAUUGGUCCGGUACCGCAGUCUGACUCGGUGGAGGAGGAGGCGGCGCGCGAUGCGUGCGAGGCUGAGCUGGCGGCGGCGGCGGCCGCCGCCGCCUGGCAUGCGCAGCUCACGCCGCCACUGGGCGUGGCGGGGCAGGCGGAGUACUUGCUUAGGAAGCAGCAGCUGCGGCAGCAGUGGCCGCGUGUUGCAGCUUCGCAAGGGGCAGCGGAGGCGGGCUGCAGGGCGGCUACAGCCUCGCCGCCGGCUGUGCGGCCGCAGGCGCUGGAGGCGGCGGCCGCCGCCGCCGCCGCGGCCGCCGCCGCCUCUUUCGGAAGCGUCGGUGGCGCCUUGGCCGCGCUCAAUGUCGGCGGCGGGGGCGGCAGCGUCCUGCCGCCGUCGGCGCACCUGGCGGCGACGCUGCCGCCGGGGCUGCAGACCAUGCUGCGCAGCGGCGGCGGCUCGCCCGCGAUUGCUAGCGGCGGCGGCGCCGAUGUUGACGGUUGGACGCUGCCGCCGUCUGCAACCAACUCCUUAGUCAUUGGUACCGGUGGUGGCUCCAUGUACGGCGCCAUCGGCGGCGGCGCCGCCGCCGUGAUGAGCGGCGGCGGCCCUGGCUCGCAGUUGCCUCAGCAAUGCUCGCGUUCGUACUCGCAUCAGCAACAGCAACAGCAGUACGCAUACGCUGCGUACUCACAUCCGCAUAAUCGGUUUCGUCAGGGCGCGUCGCCUGCCGCCGCCGCGCAUCAUCCCAGCCCCGGCCUCCGCCUCCAGCACCCACAGCCGCAAGCCCACCAACACAUGGCUUCGCCCCCGACGUCAGCUACAGCCGCAGCAGCAGCAGCUGCAGCCGGCGGCGGCUACUACAGCUACAGCCAGGGCUACAGCCCAGUGCGCCAUCACAGCCAGGGACACGCGCUGCCGCCGGCGGCAGUAGCCGCUGCCAAUAGCAACAACUGGAGCGGAAGCAUGGCCAGCGCGGCGGCAGCGGCAAGCGGCGGCGGCCCCGGCAGCUUCGGCUGCCUCGCCACCGCUGAGUCACCCUAUUUCCGCCCGCAGCCCCAACACCACCACCACCACCACCCGUUCAGCCAGCAUCGGCCACAGCCGCAACACCCACAGCAACCGCCGCCUUACCGGGAACGUCUCUCGCCCCAGCCGCCGCCGUCUCCUCGACACUACCAGCAGCACGGCAGCCCUGGAGCGCUCGUGCCCGCAGCGAUCGGAGGCGUGGGUGUAGAAGAGGCCGUGCCGUUGGCAGCGGGGCCUGCUGCAAGCGGGAGCCCAAGCCGCGGGGCCGGCGGCGGCUAUGAAUUGCCCGCCGGUCGGAUGGCCGCCGCCGCCGCCGCCGCGGCAGCGGCGGCGCCGACGUACCUUCGUCGUUCGCCACUCAGUCGUAGUCCCUCCGCCGCGGGCACGCCGGAUCCCGCCUUCGGCCCUGGCGGCGGUGGCGGCGGCCCUGGCGGCGGCGGCGCUGCCGCUGGCGGCUCGGCUGCGGGUCUGGGUCUGCGGCACUCGUACUCUGGCCGGACGUACCCCCUGGCCCCGCACCCCUCCGCCGCCACCGCCACAUCGGGGACCUCAACGACAACCAGCCUCCUGACCUCGGCCACCGCGGGUGCCCAGGGCUCACUUCAGGGGCCGCUGCAGGGGGCGCUGCUGAGCGACGGAGACAGCGGGUAUGCCUUGCCCGCUCCGCCGACACUGGCACAGGUGCAGGGGCAACCGGCGCAGCAGCAGCCGGGGCAGGGGCAGCAGCCGGGGCAGGGGCAGCAGCCUGGGCAGGGGCAGCAGCGGGGGCAGGGGCAGCAGCAGCGCCUGCGGCCGAGCGGCUCCGGUGUCGCGAAAGCCCUGUUCGGCCGCACUUCCCAGUCCGCACUGGCUCAGUGGCCGGUUGGCGGCAGCGCCAGCGGCACUGCGGUCGAGCCCUCGCCUGCUGAGGGCGCGCGGUGCCCCGCGCCGCCGCCGCCGCCGCUGGCGACGUCUCCGUUGGGUCGGGCGCCGGCAGCGCCGCCGCCGCCGCAGCGUUUCGGCUCCCGGCCUUCGCUUGGCACUGCGUUCGGCUCGGCGACUGUCAUGGAGGCUGUGCUUGCAGACGCGGGAGAUGCGGGAGGAGAUUCCUCCUAUGGUGACGGUGGCGCCGCCGCCGCCGAGGUGGCGGCUGCGUCUGCUGCUACAGCCGGCCCGAGCGGAGGCGGCGGAGGCAGUAGCCGCUACGGCGGAGGCGGCGGAGGCUACAGCCAUGGUGUUGUUGGGAAUGAUCCUAGGGGCUACGGCCUCAGUGGCGCGAUUGCGGACCGCUCGGCUCCCACCUCCCGCUCGGCGCUUGGCUCCGAAAUGUAUUCAUUGGCUGCAGCAGGAGCCGCAGCCGCAGCAGCGGCGGCGGCGGCGGCUGUAGCUGGCGCGACACCGGGCGGCCCGCGGUCGCCCCUUCCUUCCCCGCCGGUUGCGCCCGGGCAGGGCAACGGCCGGUCGCUGCCGCUCGGGCCCUCGCCCGGUAGCGGCGGCGGCGGCGGCGGUGGCAGCGGCGGCGGCGGCGGCACACCCGGAGACUACACACGCACAGAGCCCUAUUCGCACAGUGGCGGCGGUGCUGCUGGCGGCGGCGGCGGUGUCCCAGCCAACUACGCUCGCUACAGCCCUGGCGGCGCGUUCGCCCUAGCCGCUAGCGGUUUGCCGGCGGUUGCAGAGUCAUUAGUUGGAUCACCCGCCACGACGGAGGCCGGCGGCCCGCCCUCUGUCGGCAGCCGCGCGCCAACCGCCUACAGCAUAACCUCCGCCGGUGGCGUGGUUUCGCUCGGCGGCGGUUACGGUUACGGUUAUACGGCGGUUGCGUCGGCGGCCAACUCGCCCAUGCCACGUGGGCUUCCGCCCACUGCAGCGGGGGGCCUGGGAAGCGCGGGGCUGACGGCGCUGUCAGCCAGCCGCCGCCGGGAGGGGGGUAGCGCCCAUCGCAGCGGUUACGGCAGUGGCGGCGGCGGCGAGGCCGGCGGCGGCUACACCUCGGGUGGCGGCGGAGGAGGCCGGAGGAGCGGCUAUAUGUCGGGCGGGGGCGAGGACGGCGCGCGGAGACCGGCCAGCGGCGGAAGCGGUGGCGGCGGCGGCGGCGGCAGCGGUGGCGGCGGCGGCGGCGGCGCUGCAAGGGGAGGGUUGGCGGCGGUGCGCACACGCACCCGGCGGCGGAGCUCGGGUGCUGGCUACGAGUCUGCGGGCACGGGCAGCAGUUCUCGCACGCCCCCGGCGGCGCGCUACGCCUCAGUGUCGGCCACCUCCCCCACCGCCGCCGCCUACGGCUUCGGCCAGGUGGCACCCGGUCACGGCGCCGCCGGUACCUUGGCUUACCGCCUCAGCGGCGGCCGCGCUUCGGGACCCGGCGGCGGCGCCGCCGCCGCCGCCGCUGGAUUUGGCGGCAUGGUGCUUGUGGGUGGUCAGCUGUAUGCGCUGGGCGGCGGCGCCGGAGUCGGCGGCGGCGGCGGCAUUGGCAUUGGCAUAAACCUGCAGGCGGCGGCGGAUGCAGUCCUCACGGCGUCGCGUGCGCGCCGCAGCAGCACUGGCGGUGGCGCCGGCGCCGGCGGCUCCCCCGGACCAAACAGCUACAGCCUCGGCAGCUUCGCCGGGGGUGCUACUGCCGGUGCCGCUGGUGCUGCUGGGGGCGGUGUGCUGGGUACGCCGCCGCGCCCGAGCGGCGGCAGCGCUCAGGGGCCGACGCUGGCGGAGGCUGCGGCGGCGGCUGCGACGUAUGCGUCUCUGGGCAUCGGACAGCCGCCCCUACUCAUGGCGGUGCCGCGGUCACCCGGCCUUUCGCCUCCCCCGCACGACCUCAUUCGCCGCGCCUCUGGCGGCGGCGGCGGUGGUGUCGGCGGCGGCAGCAGCGCUAGCCCAUUUAGAUCUCCGUACUUUCCCCUCGGCGGCGGCCCUGCUGACGUGGCGUCGCCCGCCCGCCUGCCCUCGCCUGGGUUUGCAUCGCCGGCACUCGCGCAGCCGCCGCUGCCGCCGCUGCUGCCGCCGCGCCAGAGCUCGGCCGGAAGCGGCUCUGGCCCUGGUAGCGGCUUAGGUCACCCGCUUGUGGUGCUGCCAUCCCAUUCCAUGCCCCAUUACGCAAGCGGCUCCAUGGCCGUGCAAGCAGCACCGUACUCAAAGCCGCAGCAGCAAACGCAACCGCAGCAACAGCAAUUCCAGCCGCAGCAACACCGACCACAGCCGCAGCCACCCUCCCCCCUCAGCAAGUCUCCAAGUGCCGGCGCCGUGGCCUUUGCGGCGCACGCCCCGGCUGCUACUGCCGCUGCUGCUACUGCCGCUGCUGCCAGCACCGCGUCUGCCGGCAGUAGCAUGAGCAGCGGCAUGAGCGGUGCUGCUACAGCCCAGGCGAGCGGGGCCGGCGCUGCUACUUCUGUCAAGCCGGGCAGCCGGGGCGGCGGAGGUGGUGGUGGUGGAGGUGGUGGAGGAGGCGGGGGCGCUGCUACUGCCGCUGCCGCCCUGGCACGUCCGGCCUGGGGCCAACGCGUGCCGCCGACCAAACAGCCCUCCCAGCGGCAGGCGCAGCAGGCGCAGCACGCGUUGCAGCAGGUGUCGCAGCAGGCGCAGCAGCAGCAGCAGCAGCAGCCGCAUCAGCCGCAGCAGCAGUUCUACCAGCCAACGCUGUGGGACCGGCGGCGCGCCGGCAGCGUGGCGGCCUCAGACAGUGGCGACAGCUCCGUCAGCAGCAGCCCCGCCCCGGCACCACCGCAAUCAGUUCACUUCGCCGCUCCCGCGCUGCGCAUUCGGACCCGCAGCGGCGGCGACGAUGUGGUGGGAGCUCCGGCUGCCGUGGCUACUGCUACUGCCGCUGCUAUUGCUACUGCCGUGGGCGUCUCCGAUUCGGCGGCGGCGGCCGUAGCAGGGCGGCCCGGCCUGUCCGUGCCAGCGCCGCCAGUGGUGUCCCUGCCACCCGACGUCAUAAUGCCGCGAGGUGACGGCUACAGCCUCGCCAGCGCUGCAGCCGCUGGCGGUGGCGGCGGCCGCGGCGGCCGCGGCGGCGACCCUCUGUCGCCGCCAGCCGCCGGCGCCUCGUCCUGGGCCUCGCCGUCGGGUGGUGGCGGCGGCGGCGGCGCGGCGGAGACGCCGACGGGCGCGUCUGCCAGCGUCACGCCUAGGGCGGGAGCGUUGGGUGUGGGCCCGCACGCCCGCUCCUCCAAUGCACUGCCGGCGACGCCGACAAGUAGCGGCAAGCCGCCGCUGCCGCCCAAGGCGUUUGGCGGCAGCCCGCGGCUGCGGCAGGCGGCGCCGGGAGAGGAUGGGGGCACGGCCGCUGGCGGCGGCGGCGGUGGCGGCGGCUCCUGGGGAGGCGGCGCGGUGUAGGGUGGGUGUAGGCAUGUUGAGGGCUGGCCAAGCUUGGUAGAUGGCACAGUUGUGCGUUUGUGUGUUGUAGGACCGCUGAACACAGUUGAGGAGUGAGCUGCGCAUUUGGUGGUUGGCAGGUUUGUUUCUGUGCGAGCGUGCGGUAUGCAAUUCCUAGUGCGCGCGAGAGGCGGAGCUGGCGGGCUAGAGUGAUACCCUGUGCACGGGAAGGCGAGCGAGGCUGCUUGAUACGGACUUGUGUAGUGACGGUGGAAGCGCCAGUGAACGUGGUGUGUCGACCCAAAGGCUCAGGAGUGCGGCUCGAAGUUCUACAUACAACUGCAUGUGCACCCACAAUACGCCGUGCCUGGCUGGAAGGACAUCGUGGAAUGGCGCACGGCAUGUUGCCACGCAUGAAGAUCGCUUUGCAACCCAGGCUUGUUAUUGUGGCAUUGGCGCUCUGAUGCAUCUGUGAUUCCAGGCAUUCACAUGGCGCCUCCAGUGCUGUUGGGCAGCAGGAGAAAGCACGGUAUGGCAGGCUUGAAUAGGAAUUGAAGGGAUGUCGGUCCAUUCGGUUUUUGAGCUCAGUGACUCGAGCUACUUUACCACCGGUUUUACGGUGAUAUCUCGUGAUCUGGGAGGAAGACAAAGUAAGGUGGUCCCUGGGUGGGGCCUUGCAAAUUUUGUCUGCAGGACAGGAUGCUGGGGCCAAGGCUUGGGCGUACGGUGGAAAAGGGUCCAGGACCUAAGGACAGGGUCAGGGUGUCCCUGACAGGGUGUCCCGAAACCCCAGCAUUCCUUGUAUCAGCCAAGUGAAAUAGGCAAGGCGUGGGGGCGCGGCUCGUUGCUGUAUCGAAAGCUGCUGGAUGGCUUGGAAGAUGGCUGCGCAAUGCCCCCUCGCCAUUCAGGGACGACUACAGCUUGGUGCAUAAUUUCACUCG